AUGACGCGUCCGGUGGAUGGGCUCUUGAUAGAGACAGGCGGUAGCGCGCAUACUCGCUUUGAUAGCUACUUCCCGCCUGAACAAGGGUACAGCAACACAGCUGGACACGAUGCAACACGAUCUACUAGGCAAAGCAAUGAUGAAGAAGACCACCACGACCUUGACUUUGCCUCACUCCCCUUUCCCGCACCGCUUCAUUCCCUUCGUAGGGAUUUCCGCGCACAAGACUUUGAUGCAGAUACAUUCCUCUGCCAACAUCAAAAACACGGCCAACUCGAUGAUCUCCUAGCUGAGCUACGGGCGCUUGCAAGACAGCUAGAUGGAGAACUCACGGCGGGUGUACAGCGUGAUUAUGCAUCUUUUAUUCAAUUGGGACAGACGGAUGCGUCGAAGCUUGUGGUCUUGCAACAGGGCGCGUCUGCGAUACGACAACAGGCACAAGUAUUGGCAGACGAAGCUAUGAAGGAGGCAGAAGAAGCAGAUGAUGUGUUGCGGCAACGGGCGGUGAUUCGAGAGAUGAAGGCAGCGGCACGGCAGCAGCUUUGGUUCUUGAGGGGAGUGGAUGAACUUGCAUCUAUCAUGGAAGAUGGAAGGUUGGAUGAGGAAGGGCUGCAGCUGGCCGUCGACUUGGCAGCGCGACUUCGACACCGUGAGCCCAGAACGACCGUCCCAGCAGCAACAACAGCUGCGUUUGAGGCCUUGCGACAGAGACUCGUGGCUCGACUGCGAGAAGCGACGCAACAAGGCUCUGAUGCAGACAAGCUCCGUCAUGCGCAAUUCAUACGCCGACUCUAUGCGUAA